AUGUCAGCUCGUCGCUAUCGAUCGACCGUGGCAUGUCAUUCGUGCCGCCAACGCAAGGUCCGAUGUAGUAUCAAUGUGACCGGGGUUCCCUGCAUCCGCUGCGCCCAGGAUCACGCCGAAUGUGUGGUGGAUGCGCCACUUGAGAGAACGAGCCGGCGCAAUGCAUCCGCUCGAACUCGGGCGCACGCGGCCAACAGCAGCCCGACCAACCGUGCUGCACAGUCCGCAGGGCAUGCAGUUCGCCCGACAAUACCUCGGACACCGGCCUUCCAAAGACCUCCGUCAGAAUCACCCGCUGUGUCGGGAUCUGAACAAUACAGUAUUCAGGACGAGGAGCGCAAUGGGCUUGAGAUUGCCGCAGCAGCUUUGGGCAAUCCGGAGCGAGCUGGACAGGUGCCGUUCUAUACUGGAGACAAAACCGGCAUAACAUCAACCCUAACACUCCUUGCCCCGGGUGAAUCUUUACCUCGGCAUUUCCUGAUUCCGUCGCGUGCCUCAACAUCCUUGUCAGAAGAGGAUCGAAACUAUCUUGCAAGCAAAGGCGUCUUCAAUUUACCCAGCAGCGAAGCGUGUCAUUGCCUACUGCAAGCGUACUUCCGUCACGUGCAUCCAAUCAUGCCAAUCAUCGAAGCUGAUCAGAUCUUGCACUUCUUUCAUGCUGGACGACUGCAUGAAUAUAACCUGCUACUGGUGUGGAGUGUGUUCUUUGUUGCUGUGAAUUUUGUUCCAUCUUCACUCUGCGAGCGAGAAGGGUACGACUCUCGGAAGGCAAUGAAAGCGGCCAUGUACUCCCACGCCAAGUGCCUGUACAAUAACAGCGGGGAGCGAGAUAAAGUGGUUCUCCUGCAAUCCUCUCUCAUGCUCGGCUUCUGGCACUCCGAGGUCGAUGAGCAUGUCCAGCCUUGGUAUUGGACUGGCAUAUCGGUCACUCUUUGUCAGAUAUUAGGCCUCCAUCGUGACCCUGACGCGGCACGAUACAACGCGGCUAUUACCGACCGUCAGCGAUACCUGUGGCGUCGUCUGUGGUGGACUUGCUUCUUCCGUGAUCGUUGGCUGAGUCUAACCCUGGGACGGCCGCUACGCAUUGACCUCGAAGACUGCGAUGUGGCAAAGCCUUCGGCGGCAGAUUUACUAUAUGACCUGAAUAAUAUCCCCGAGUCCCUUCUACCUACCUUCAUCCCAAAUGAGAUUUCCAUUCUGGCGGAAUUUUGGGUUCAAUUGAUCGAAAUGAGCCGAUUGCUAGGAUCCGUCCUAGCGAUGAGCUACAAGACAGUUCGUCCUAAGCCCUCUCACGAACAAAUCGAGGCCCUUGAGACAGAAAUUACUUGCCGCAAACCACCAGAGCAGUCUGCCCCUGGGUGGAAUGGCCCUACACGGUUCUACUUGCACCAUCUCCAAUUACAUUACCAAGCGGUUCUCAUAGUCCUCUAUCGGCCGUGCAUAACUGACCUGCCGGAUGAACUCUCUCUCAGCAACCAGAUGCAAUGGCAGGAGAGUUUUCGCCAUAAAGCCGACUGCGCAGCCUCCCGCACAAACGACAUCCUUGAGGUUCUCGCACAAGAAAACCUGCUUGAAUAUGCCUUGCCAAUGACACCCCCUCUGCUCAUCCCUGCCAUGCAAAUGCACCUUUUGAAUUGCCGAACCGGCAACACCUUGUCGCGACGUCUCCGACUCAACAAGCUCAACGCAUGUAUGAUGAUCAUGGAAGAAUUUCAGAAAGUCUACACCGUCGCGUCCAUAUACCGCGGGAUUUUCGCUAAGGCCAUCCAGCAAAUUUACCCGGAGCGUACGGAUGAGAACCCCAGUACGUCCGUUUCAAUUCCUGCUGCAGUAUCUGCAUCUGCACCAACUGGUGCCGCGGCCCAUCCGAUUGCUGCUGUCGACCCAGCACUGGGAACAGAUAUGGACAACAUGGUGGAUGCCCUUCUGGACGAAUCGUCAGCCCUCAAUUUCUGGGAGACGUGGGGUCAAUUAUGGGUUGAAUAG